AAGGUGUAGUCUAAAAGUGAAAGGGGACGCUUCAGAGUUGAGUACAAAUGCUUAAUUUGUUUUUGUUUUGUUUGUUUGUUUGUUUGUUUUUUUAGACGAUGGCUUACCCAACGCAGACAGUUGGCAUAACGUAUAGCCAAGAAGCAUUGAUCUUGGCAAAUAGUAUGGUCAACGAGACUAGAAAGUGGAUUGGAGAAAAGAUCGGCAGCAUGGGGGAACACCGCCACGACAUGGCAUUAGAAGUUUUGUCUGUAAUGCCAGACUUUAAUCAGCCACCACCUCUACCAAUUUUAACAAGCAAUGAAAUGGAAGAAGAAGAUCAACAGCCUGAAAGGGUCAGGCCAUCCACCACCAUGGCCAGUCCCACCACAGCCAGCGCCAUCAUGUCGGGAGCCUAUACGACAUGUACGAAAGGCCAAAGCUCUUAUCCUUGGAGAUUCUCUAACUAAGUUUCUCAAAGAGAAAAUCACUACUAAGUUAGUUAAUGUGCAGGUAGUGACUCAUCGUGGUACUACAAUUUCGGGCCUUCGAAAGUAUCUGCUUCUUUGUCGUGACAUAUAUACAACUACGCCCGACAUUGUCGUGAUUCAUGUCGGAAAAAAUGAUCUAGAGUGGGGUUUCAUGCAAAGCAACUUGCGAGAAUUCCGUUACCUCAUCACCACAGUACGUGAGCUCUUUCUAAAUGCUAAGCUGGUAUGCAGUGGAAUCCUUCCUCGGCAGAACAGUGAAAGUUUGGAUGUUUCACGAAUGUGUCACAACAUUCAGUUGGGGAACGUUUGUGGGCAGCUUGAUUGUCACUUCUUUGACAGCAGCCAGGGAUGGCCUACACUUAAAUUGGGACGGGAACUCCCUACUUGGUGAGGUGGUUCAGGGGCCAUCUGGAGAGACAUGCCAGGAUGCUUUCACCAACUCCUGGAAAAUGCUCCUCCAACCAUACAAAUACUAUUGGAAGGUUUGUGCCUCUGGAGCUGCGUAGGCUGGU